UUUCCACCUGAAACGCUUCUUCAAAUUCUCCUUUCUCCCUCCAUUUUCAAGCUACACUCUCCCUCUUUGUCCCUGUUUAUACGAACCCUAACCGGCGAUGAAGAAUACCGAGCUAUGCCAUAGCCGCCGACCUCAGAAGCAACAUGAGAAGGAAGACGACGAUGAUCAGAAACCCUACCUUGUACAAUUGCCAGACCAUAUAAUUGCCGAUAUCUCCUGCAAAAUCCCAAUCAAGACCCUCAUGAAAUGCAGGCAUGUCUGCAAAUCUUUGCGAUCUUUGUUCGCAGACCCGCAAUUUACCGAAGAACUAUUCUCUCGAACACGCCCUUGCCAUUUGGUGUCGAGCCUCAAUUCGGAUAGGUACUUCUUGGUCGACUUCAACGAGCGGAGGCCAAACGGCGUCGCAGCACUGGAUCUUUCUAUAGACUCAGCGACUCCUAGCAGCGCAAUCAUGGUGGGAUCUUGCAAGGGCUUGGUCUGCUUAUACAAGAUGUACUGCCCUUACGGUUUUUACAUAUGCAAUCCAAUGACUGGUGAGUCUUCAUCUCUUCCACCUCCUAUUAGGGAAGUUGAUUCCAGUUUCCUUUAUUGGCCUUUAUCUCUAGAGGAGGAGUUAACUCCUGUAGAGUCCACUCCUACAAGACACAGUGAGGAAAUUUUGGAGCCAUCUUUUUGUGGAUUUGGGUUGGGAUAUAGUACCAUAAAUGGUGUCUACAAAAUUGUUCUUAUUGCUUAUUCAAGAAAAAUGAGGAUGGGGAUUCGGCCUCCAGGUGAGAUUGCGUAUGGACCUCGGGAGGUGAUGGUUUUGACUGUGGACUCAGGGGGUUGGAGACAUGUUGGGGAAUUUGAUAUGAACAAUUUUGAUCAUGUACAUGGAGUUUAUAUUCAUGACUGUCUUCAUUGGACUGGCCUACCGGUAAAGGGUCCUCGUUUGAUAUAUGCAUUUGAUGUUGGAAGUGAGUGUUUCCGAGAGCUACCAGUACCUCGUUGGACUUCUUGGGAGAGCCAAAUGACUAGAUUCAACCUUGGAAUCUUGAAUGAUUGCCUUUCUAUAACUGUUUGUUGGAGAGCUAGUAUCCAUGUUUGGGUGAUGAAGCAUUACGGUGUCGAGGACUCUUGGACCAAAGAGCUUGACAGUAGUGUGGAAUAUGGUCCGUCGUCGUUUGGUGGUUAUGCACAAAUUUUGAGUGUUUCACCAGAAUGGCAAGUCCUGUUGUGGCAGGGUAGGUUGCAGGCUCAUACUGCUGUAAGUGAGGGCUUUGUUGGGGUUCAGGUUGAUGGGAUACCAUCUUCGGUUGACAAAGCCUAUCCCCAUGUUCCAAGCUUUAUUUCACUUAAAGAUGUUAUCAGGUGUCAGAACCCUGAGGGGCAAGGAAAUGUGCAAACCACUGCAGUAGAUCAUGGGAAUGCUAAGGAAGAUAAACAGAAUUUGCAAUCUAAUGCUCAUGGAUUAAAUCAAGGGAAUGUGCAAUCUGUAACUGUACCAGUCGAUCAACAGCAACAGGGCCAACUGAAUGUGCAAUCCAAUGCAGCAGAUCAUGGGAAUGCUGAAGCAGAUAAAGGGAAUGUGCAAUCUAAUGCUGAUCAAUUAGAUCAAGGGAAUUUGCAAUCUAUAGCUUUAACAAUUACCCAAGAAAGACAGGAGAAUAGAGCACCCAAGAAGGCAAAAACCACACAUGAAGUUCAACCAAUGCAAGCCUCUGCAUCCCAACCAUUUUAUGCAUCACCACCCAAGCCAACACAGCCAUCUGUUGUGCAGCUAUGAACUGCAGACCAGUUCAUUCAUCCCACAACUGCGAUAAAGAUGAAGACCAAGCCCCCUGCAAAGAGGAAGAGAGCUCCAGCAGAGAAGUAACUGAAUCCCCUGCUAAGAUGAAGCAUUUUGGGUGUAAUUUCAGAUAUUUCAAAGCAUUGGGCUUUAUAACAAAUCAUUUGUAUCGAAACUUGGUAACUGAUCCAAGUGUUUUGAAACUCUGUAAAUGAUGCAAUUGUCUGGUAGUUUGUAACUAAUCAGUUGUUUUUGGAACUUGGUAAGUGAUCCAAGUUUGGUAGUUUGUAACUCAUCAGUCGUUUUUUGAACUUGUUAAUUGAUCCAAGUGGUUUG